CAUGGAAGCGAUCGGUUUGGUCACGUGGAGCCCCUGGUUACGCCCGGUCGUAGCUGUGGGGUCUGGGGUUUAGGCGGGGGCCAUUUUGCCGGAGGCUGCUGGAGUUGGGGGCGGCCUGGCAGCUGUCUUAAGCUGUUUCUUUUCCUCCUCUGCAGCCUGGGGCUUGGAGAGGAACAAAAAGGUUGGGCUCCAUCAAGCCCUUCGGAGACAUGGUUUCCUCCAGCCUCCGCCACCUAACGAUCCUGCAUGGCGGCUGCGUCCUCCGCGCUGCUUCUGCUGCCGCCCCUUCCAGCCCAAAGUUCCUAUCGCCUCCGGAGUUGCAGUGGUCCUUCCGUCUCACGGACUGAUGAUAGUCGAGGUGGGGGCAUCAUGAGAGGCGAGAAAAACUACUGCUGCCGUGGAGCUGCAGGAGACCACGGUUCCUGCCCCACAACACCAUCACCUCUGGCCUCGACCGUCUUGAUGCCGGCGGAGGCGAUCUCAAGUAGUUGGUCUGAGUCUGGAGGUGGUUUGUCAGGGGGAGAUGAGGAGGAGACUCGGCUCCUUCAACUCCUCCGGACCGUGCCGGAUCCUUCUGAGGCCUUCCAGGCGUUGCAGGCUGCUUUGCCGCGGCGGGGCGGUCGACUUGGCUUUCCCAGACGGAAGGAAGCAUUGUAUCGCGCCCUGGGCCGAGUGCUUGUGGAAGGAGGUAGUGAUGAAAAGCGACUCUGCUUACAACUCCUCUCGGAUGUUCUCCGAGGUCAGGGGGAAGCAGGCCAGCUCGAAGAGGCCUUUAGCUUAGCACUUCUGCCUCAACUAGUUGUCUCCUUACGGGAAGAGAAUCCAGCCCUGCGGAAAGAUGCGCUGCAGAUCCUACACGUAUGUCUGAAACGCAGCUCUGGGCAGGUGCUGAGAACGCUUAUACAACAAGGACUGGAAAGUACCGAUGCCCGGCUUAGAGCUUCCACAGCACUACUGUUCCCCAUCUUGCUUACUCCUGAAGAUUUGUUACUAGGCCUAGAUCUUACCGAGGUGAUACUGUCCCUAGCCCGAAAGCUUGGCGAUCAGGAGAUAGAAGAAGAAGCAGAGACAGCUUUCUCUGCACUUCAACAAAUUGGGGAGCGACUUGGCCAAGAGAGGUUUCAAUCCUACAUCUCUCGCCUGCCCUCUGCCCUGAGGAGACAAUACAAUCGCCGCCUGGAGGCCCAGUUUGGCAGUCAGGUUCCUUAUUAUUUGGAACUUGAAGCCUCUGGAUUUCCUGAAGAUCCCCUCCCCUGUGCAGUGACUCUUUCCAACAGCAAUCUUAAAUUUGGGAUCAUUCCUCAGGAACUGCAUUCAAGAUUGUUAGAUCAGGAAGACUAUAGGAACCGGACUCAGGCCGUUGAGGAACUAAAACAGGUGAUGGGACGAUUUAACCCUAGUUCUACCCCUCAUUCUAGUCUUAUCAGUUUCAUUAGCUUGCUGUAUAAUUUGUUAGAUGAUUCUAACUUCAGAGUGGUCCAUGGCACACUUCAGGUUCUGCAUUUACUGGUUAUUCAACUUGGAGAGCAGGUACAGCACUUCUUGGGACCAGUUAUAGCAGCUUCUGUCAAAGUGCUGGCAGACAACAAGUUGGUGAUCAAACAAGAAUACAUGAAAAUCUUCCUCAAGCUAAUGAAGGAAGUAGGUCCUCAACAGGUGCUUUGUUUACUCCUGGAACAUCUCAAGCAUAAGCAUUCCAGAGUGAGAGAGGAGGUGGUGAACAUUUGCAUCUGCUCGCUCCUGACCUAUCCCAGUGAGGAUUUUGACUUACCCAAACUGUCUUUUGGUCUUGCCCCAGCCCUUGUAGAUAGCAAACGCAAGGUACGCCAAGCAGCUCUCGAAGCCUUUGCUGUGUUGGCAUCAUCAUUGGGCUCAAGUAAAACCAGCAUCCUUUUCAAAGCUGUGGAUACUGUUGAACUGCAAGAUAAUGGAGAUGGAGUGAUGAAUGCUGUGCAGGCCAGAUUGGCCAGGAAAACCCUCCCAAGGCUAACAGAACAGGGAUUUGUGCAGUAUGCAGUACUCAUGCCAUCGUCCGCCCAGGGUAGGUCAAGCCAUUUGGCACAGGGAGCAGAUACAGACUGGCUUUUGGCUGGUAACAGAACUCAGAGUGCACACUGUCACUGUGGUGAUCACACGAGGGAUAGCGUGCAAAUUUAUGGAUCUUACAGCCCAACUAUCUGUACCCGAAGGGUAUUAAGUGCAGGAAAAGGAAAAAAUAAAUUACCAUGGGAAAAUGAGCAGCCUGGAGUCAUAGGAGAAAACCAGACCUCCAAUUCCAAGGAUAUAGAACAGUUUUCAGCAAACGAUUUCAUCCCAUCUCCAAAAUUAAAGCCCUCCCAAGGACUGCCAGUCAAUGAUGAUUUAUGUUUUAGCAGAAAAAGAGUGUCAAGAAACUUAUUUCAGAAUAGUCGGGAUUUUAACUCAGAUUCUCUUCCUGUAUGUGUUGCAGGCACUGUUGGCACUCAUCAGACAAACCUUUCUGGGAAAUGUGGACAACUUGGAUUUUCACAGAUAUGUGGUAAAACUGGAAGUGUGGAUUCUGACUUACAGUACCUGGGAACAACCAGCAGUUAUCAAGAUAAAGUGUAUGCUAGCCUAAAUUUUGGCAGUAAGACACAGCAAACAUUUGGUAGUCAAAUGGAACGUACUUCAUCAUACUCUGGUCCAAAUCCAAGUCCAGGAGCCUUCAUCCUUCCAUCCUAUCCUCUCUCAUCACCUCGAACUAGCCCAAAGCACACACCUCUUACUGUAUCCCCAAAGAAGUCUCAAGAUAAUUCUGUCAAUUUCUCAAAUUCCUGGCCUCUUAAAAGCUUUGAAGGACUAUCAAAGCCAAGUCCUCAGAAAAAGCUUGUCAUCCAGAAAUCAUCUGGCCCUACAGGAAGAAAUGAUGGAGAAAAUUCUCAGGAAAAGUCUUCUUCAGUUCAGCUUACCCCUGCCUUGGUGAGAUCGCCAUCUUCCCGACGAGGCCUGAAUGGGACCAAGCCCGUCCCUCCCAUACCAAGAGGAAUCAGCCUUUUGCCUGAUAAAGCUGAUUUAAGCACAGUAGGACCCAAAAAGAAAGAGCCUGAUGAUAUUUGGAAGAGUGAAAAAGAUUGUAUUACAAUUGAUCUUUCAGAAUUAAAUAUCAGGGAUAAAGAUUUGGAUCAAGAAGAGAUGCAGAGCUCUCUUAGGUCUCUUCGUAACAGUGCAGCUAAAAAAAGAGCAAAACUGAGUAGUAGUACUUCUGAUCUGGAAAGCCCUGAUUCUGCAAUGAAGCUUGACUUAACUGUGGACUCACAGUCCCGAUCUUCCUCUCCAAACAUCAGCUCUUACAGCGAGAGUGGAGUUUACAGCCAAGAGUCGCUGACUUCUUCUCUGUCUACAACUCCCCAGGGGAAGAGAAUAAUGUCAGACAUAUUUCCAACAUUUGGAGCAAAACCUUGCCCAACAAGACAUUCUUCUGCAAAGAAUAAAAUCUCUCAGAUGGUGGAACAGAGCCCCAGUGCAGGGAAUACAACAUCCAAUGUAAGCAUAAUUGGUCAACGUAUGAACUAUGGGUUUGGAUGUGGUGAUUUUGAAGAUGAUAGGUCACAUGACAUUUCACCCAGUGUUUUAAAAUCACAAAAUAAGGAACAGCCAAGACAUCAUAAGCAUACAAAAGGGUCAUCAAAUUUACAACAAAUUUCCAGUUUUGACUUCACAUCCACAAAUUCCUUAUCAGAAGACUCAGUAGUAGUUGUUGGAAAAGGUGUAUUUGGAAGUCCAAAUUCAGCACCAGCAACCUGCAGUCAAUCAGUGAUAACUUCUGUGGAAAAUGGGGAUAAAUUUUCAAUUAAACAAAGCAUUGAACCACCUCCAGGGAUUUACGGAAGAGCCGUCCAUCAAAGUAGUCCAUCAUAUCUUGAUGUUGAGAAUGAAAAAGAUAUCAAAGUUUCUAUUUCAAAAUCUACUUUUGACAAGAUGAGACAAAAGAGAAAAGAGGAAAAAGAACUUUUUGACGUUAAAGAUUGUGAAAAGAAGGAACAGAAUCCUUGGGAACGAAUGAAACAUACAGGAACUGAGAAAAUGGCAUCUGAAAACGAUGUGGGAGUAUCAAAAAAGGAGAGUUCCUCUUUAGAAAACAUUGCCUUCAAUCCUCCAUUGAAAGGAGGGGCUAGUUUAAAAAGGUCACCAUCUUUAGUGUUUUCAGAUUCAGGUUUUUUUAUUUUAGGUGAAGCAUCCCCUGGAGCCAUUCCACAGUAUAAAGAAAGGAUACCUUCUGUCACUCAUAGCCCGGAAAUAAUGGAUUCAUCAGAACUACGGCCAUUUUCUAAACCAGAAAUAGCACUGACAGAAGCCCUGAGGCUCUUAGCUGAUGAGGAUUGGGAGAAGAAAAUUGAGGGAUUGAAUUUUAUUAGAUGCUUAGCUGCUUUUCAUUCUGAAAUAUUGAACACAAAGUUGCAUGAAACAAAUUUUGCAGUAGUUCAAGAGGUGAAAAAUUUACGCUCUGGAGUUUCUCGUGCUGCUGUGGUCUGUUUAAGUGAUCUUUUCACUUAUCUGAAAAAGAGCAUGGAUCAAGAACUGGAUACUACAGUAAAGGUUUUGUUGCAUAAGGCAGGAGAAUCAAAUACGUUUAUAAGAGAAGAUGUUGACAAAGCGUUGAGAGCUAUGGUCAGCAACGUAACUCCUGCACGUGCAGUCGUUUCUCUUAUCAAUGGAGGACAGAGCCAUUUACACAUUGCAGUAAGAAAAUGUACAGCCCAGCAUUUAUCAGAUGUGGUGGAAUUCAUGGAACUGGAGCGUAUUUUAUCUGGAACAAAAGAUUUGGCUGACCGUAUAUUGCCAGCCGCUGCUAAGUUCGCUCAGGACAGCUCACAAGAAACCAGGUAUUAUGGUCGAAAGAUGCUUUUUCUCAUGAUGUGUCAUCCUAACUUUGACAAAAUGCUUGAAAAGUAUGUCCCAUCUAAAGAUUUGCCAUAUAUUAAGGAAUCUGUUAAAAGCUUACGGCAAAAGGGUUUGGGAGAUUUACCACUAGAUACUCCUUCAGCAAAGGGAAGACGAUCUCAUAAUGGCGGUGUUGGAAAUACAAGGUCAUCAUCUGUUUCUAGAGAUGUUUUCAAUUCAGCCGAAAGCGAGGCAACUGAAAUUCGUGAAGUCACCAGAAAAUCAGUUCCCCGUAAUUCCUUAGAAAGUGCUGAGUAUAUUAAAGUCAUAACCGGUUUAUUGAAUGCAAAAGACUUUCGUGACCGUAUUAGUGGGAUCAAGCAGCUUUUAUCAGAUACUGAAAACAAUCAGGAACUUGUUGUUGGGAACAUUGUGAAGAUUUUUGAUGCUUUUAAAUCUCGACUUCAUGAUUCCAAUAGUAAAGUAAAUCUGGUGGCUCUAGAAACAAUGCACAAAAUGAUUCCUUUGCUUAGAGACAGCUUAUCUCCUGUAAUCAACAUGCUAAUUCCAGCAAUAGUAGAUAACAAUCUGAAUUCCAAGAAUCCAGGCAUCUAUGCUGCUGCCACAAAUGUUAUUCAGGCACUGAGUCAGCAUGUGGACAAUUACUUACUUCUACAGCCGUUUUGCACAAAAGCUCAGUUUUUAAAUGGAAAAGCAAAACAGGAUAUGACUGAAAAGCUUGCUGAUAUCGUUAUGGAACUCUAUCAAAGGAAGCCCCAUGCCACAGAACAGAAAGUGUUGGUUGUUUUAUGGCAUCUCUUAGGGAACAUGACAAAUAGUGGCUCUCUGCCUGGAGCGGGAGGAAAUAUACGAACAGCCACAGCUAAAUUAUCAAAAGCACUUUUUGCACAGAUGGGCCAGAAUCUGUUAAACCAGGCUGCAUCUCAGCCACCACAUAUCAAAAAGAGUUUAGAGGAAUUGCUCGAUAUGACAAUUUGAAAUGAAUUAUGAAUCUUUCAUGAAAUAUGGUAUGAUGAACAAAACUGUUUACAUGGUGACAAAUGGAACUUUUUGAAGUUACAUUUUCAGUGCCUGCACUUCUCAUUUAGUAAAUUAAGUCAAUGGCUAUUUUUCUUCUCAGCCUCUGAGUACACAUCUGUCCUAUAUCAACCCUACCCCUUGUACCCAUCACACAAAAACCUAAAAUAAUUAACACAACCUAAUAUUCUUGAAAUCUGAGGCACGUGGAAUGAGUCCAAUUUUAGUAUUUUUGAGAAAAGUCCUGCUCAUUUGCACUAUCCUAGAUAGAAACCGCAAUUUGUUGCCCUAUAUGUACAAUUAGAUUUGUAAUUAAAAAUAUACUUUUUAUUAUGUAAUCAUGUUCUGCUAUGUCUCAUUACUCAGUCUUACUUUAUGAAGUGGAAGAAAAGUCAUUGAACUAUGUUAUCACAAAGUUUUGUGUGCUAUUUGUGAAAAACAUGUAUUUCUCCAAUCAGUCCGCUAAUAUGAUUGUGCAGUAUUAGCUUGCUUAUGCUGUUUUGUAUUCAUGUGAUAUAUUUGCUUACCACUUGGGUUUAAUCACCUACAUAAUUGUGAAAUUUAACAAGUUAUAAUAAAGCAUGAUGACCAAAGUUUUAAGAAACAUUUAAACAUUUUAAAUGCACGUUUAAGAAAACGUGUUGAAUGUAACUUCCCUAUUUUUUGUGCAAACACUAAAUUUUAUUUCUAUAUGCCCUGACAUUUAUAAAGGUGUUAUUUUGCUGCCCAGUUGUGUAAUUCUCAAAAAUAGUGCCAGGUAUUCUAUAGCUUUUCUCAGAAUUCUUGGGCUACAAGUACUGUAUGCAUCUUUAAAAAGAAAAGGAAUGUUAUAAAAUAAAAGGAUUUAUUUCUGUA